AAGAAAGAAGAACUAAACCAAAAAAGAGGAUGGUGCACAGAUCUUGAAGCAGACUGUUUUAGUAUACCAUUUUGCGUGCUUUCAGAUCUAAAAGCUCAUCUCACUCUCUUUCCUUUCUCUCUCAUGUGACGUAAAGCUUAAAACACAAAAAAUAUAUAUCAAUAAAAUAAAAUAAAAAACAACAAAAAAAAAAAAAAAACAAAACAAAAAGGAAAACAAGAAGCUCCAUGACUGACAAUCUUGCACUCGUUGCAUCUACUCCACUCUCUCUCGAUCUCAAUCUCUCUGAGAUUCAGAGCCCCAGAAGACCCACAUUCAGUUUCGGACCAUUGAAGCCUUAGAAAGCGACAAACCGAAGCUCAGGGGUAGGUCGCUGGUUGGCUAGCUAGCUAUGGAAGCCUAGCCACUUCCCAGUUUCCAUGCCAUCAUCAUGAACCGGAACAAUGUCAGGGAAUCUCUAGUCGCUGGAAGGAAUACUCCGGCGGGUUCCCAUCACCGGCGAGGCCGCAGCUUGACUCUCACCGCCGGAAUUUCCAACAACUCCUCCGUCAACAGAGACGCCACCGCCGCCGAAGAGAACAGUUUGGAUCUCUUCUCCAAGAACCGCCGCAGCCUCUCUGUUACCUCUUCCGAUGAAUCCUCCGAUGUUUCGGUGAAAUUGGGGAGAUUAUCAGUGGGAUCCGCGAAAGUGACGAGGAAUACAAUUGAUGAUCUGCUCUCAUCCACAGAUGGAGGAAAGCAUGACUAUGAUUGGCUUCUCACUCCUCCUGGGACUCCAAUAUUUCCCUCGUCAGAGGGAAGUGAGUCUCAACCGACCUUAGCAGCUCCAAGAAGCAGUUCCUUAGCAAGAUCAGCUUCUGCUACUAAGGCUUCAAGGCUUUCAGUUUCACAAUCUGAGAGUUGUCAUUCCGCAAGACCUGCUAGAAGCAGUUCAGUGACUCGCUCUUCAAUUUCCACAUCACAUUAUAGUAGUUAUUCUUCAAACAGAUCCUCCUCGAUCCUCAAUACAAGCUCAGCUUCAGUUUCAUCUUAUACUAGACCAUCAUCGCCCAUUACCCGCUCCCCAUCUACAGCAAGAUCUUCCACUCCAUCAUCCCGUCCAACACUAUCACGACCCUCCACUCCUUCUAGAGCCCGUCCAUCCCCGACCAGCUCUUCCAUUGACAAAACUCGACCGGGACAAAGCUCAAGGCCAUCCACUCCUAGUUCUAGGCCACAAAUUCCUGCAAAUUUGAGUUCCCCAGUUGCGCGUUCAAACUCUCGUCCAUCUACUCCCACUCGCCGGAGUCCUGUAUCUUCUGUGUCCCCAGCUUCAGGUCCUUCGCUUUCAGCUGGCCGUGUCUUGUCAAAUGGUCGCAAUGCAACUCCAGCCUCCCGUCCAAGCUCUCCAGGCCCACGUGUUCGGCCUCCUCCUCAACCAGUUGUACCCCCUGAUUUUCCUCUUGAGACACCACCAAACCUCAGAACCACUUUACCAGAUAGGCCAGUUUCUGCUGGUAGGUCCCGACCUGGUGCUGCUGUCUCAGUGAAGGGGAAUUUAGAAAGCACAGCUACAUCUAGUAUACCAAGACGGCAUUCCUCACCCAUAGUCUCAAGGGGAAGACUCACAGAACCUUCUGGAAGGGCCCGUGUACAUGCUAAUGGGCACCUUUCUGAUGUUACUGAGACUCGGAAGGCCCAACAUGUCCCUGACAUGGCGAUGCGCAAACCUGUGAAGAGUUCAACAACUGCUACAGAGAGCACCGGAUUUGGAAGAACUAUCUCAAAGAAAUCUCUGGAUAUGGCUAUCAGGCAUAUGGAUAUAAGAAGUGGCGCAGGGAACAUUCGACAACUUUCUGGCACCACUCUCUUCCCUCAGAGCAUUCGAUCUGCUACCCAAAAGGCUCAGUCUGUUCGUGGUCUGAGUGCUGCGGCACCUAUCAACGUCAAUGGAGGCCUGCACCACGAUAAUCACGGAAGCGUUUUAGAAAAUAGAAACAAUAUUGAUAGACAUGUAGAAAAUGGAACUGAAUCUGAUGUGGGAAGAUACUCUGCAAAACUGAGUGAAGUGGACAUUUACGAAAGCUCUCGAUACGAUGCAAUAUUGCUCAAAGAAGAUUUGAAGAACACAAACUGGCUGCAUAGUAUUGAUGACAAAACAGAUCAAGGUCCCAUCUUUGAUAAUGGAUUUGAGUCUCUACCCGAACCUUUUGGCCUCUUAUAACAUCUGGGAAGUGGGUUUUUUUUUUUUUUUUUUUUUUUUUUUUUUUUUUUUGUAUGUUGUUUAUUUUUGAAGUUAUUAGUUUCUAUAAAUUAUUUGGUUUCUUUAUAAAGAAUGGAAUGUGUCCAAUUGUGAUUCAAAUCAAGAAGAAAUGAAGAGGGAGUAUGUGUUUUUCUGCAGAGAAAAUCAAUGAAAUCUACUAUCUACGUUGUUGAUGUUGGGA